CUUAGUAAGCGGUUGUUAUUAACGGAAGAUUUAACGGUUUUGAAUUUCAAUAAAACAGUUUGUCAGUGUGUUGAAUUAUAACAAAACAAGAAAAUUAAAACAUAAAAUAAGAAGAGGCAGAAAAAUAUAAAUUGAAAAGAAAUCUUUUAUAAAAAGUUUGCAAUUUGUUUUUUUUUUCUAACUUUCUAAAAGGAGUAAAAAUGUUAAACGAAAAAAAUUUAAAUAAUUUUUAUUAAAUAUUUCGAUUUCCUAAAGGAAGUUUUAAAAAUACAUUAAUCAUUUUAUGAAGUUUAUGUUAUUAUUAUAAAUUAAAAUGUGUGAAAUCAUAAAACUUUGUUGAAAGUCCAUAAAAAUUCUCUGUCUGUUCGAAAAGUAUUAAAAAAAACAAAAAAGGUGCCGGGUUGGUGGUACUAAAAAUCUAUAGAUAAAAUGUGCAUUAAAGUAAUAUUUACUUAAUUUUUUUUAUUCUUAUACCUAUAUCUGCCUUUGAAGUUUUAUAACAACAACAACAACAACAUAAAAAAAGGCUAAAAACAACAACAAAAACACACAAAAACUCAUGGUCCCUGCCAGAGACAGACAGACCGAGACACAGACCCUGUUUUCAAAGAGUUUGUUAAUGUGAAUGUAUAUAUUGCUGUGUGUGUGUGUAUCUGUUAUACAAAGUGAGUGCGUUAUUGCUGUUUGCAUAACCAGUGUAGCCAAUUGAUAAAAAAAAAUCGUUUUUUUUUUGUGAAACUAUCGGCUUUUAAAGAUAGAAUAAUGUGUGAGUUGUACAACUAACCAAAUAUCAAUUAAUAUUAAGUGAAAAUAAAUACUACAACCUUAUAACGAUAAAUAUUUACAAUGUUAUGUGAAAAAAGAAAUCCUGAUAAUUGAUAGAACAAAAUAAAAAACAAAAAAGAGAAUCUAGACUUUGAGUUCAGUUAUCGGUAAUAAGAAGGAACUCUUUACAAACUACUUGACUUGAUUUGUAUAAACAAAGUGUUAAAGCAAUCAAUACUUCAACUGCUGCAACUGCAACAUCAUCUUUAACCCCAACACUACCCAACUCAAUCAUCGUCUGAAAAUCUUCAAACAAAUUGCAGUCCUUUUUUAUAAUUAUUAAGAAAAAAACUCUCAUAUUUACUGCAAAUAUUAACGAACAUGCUUAAGGAUUAAUACAAAUAAGCAUUCGUUUGGUUUCAUAUUCAUAUCAAAAUUAAAAAGGAUUUUAAUUGGAAAAUCUGGAAAAAAAACCCAUUACCUUAAGUAAAGGAACACCUUCUUUAACUUUAGUAUUAUUAAAACAUCAUCAUGGAUUUCAAUAUAUUGAGUUUAAUGGCCCUUGGGCUUUCAAUAGCAUGUUUACAGACUCUUUGUUUGGCCGAAACUUCCUCUAGAUUCUUGACCUUACCCCAAAGUCAAACUAUAGCGGAGGGAGAUUUUGUUGAUUUCAAUUGUCAUGCCACGCCCACUAGAGGGUUGGUAUACUCAUGGACUUUAAAUGGCCACCUAUUAAGCAACUCCACACGCAUCUAUCAGAAUGGUUCCGAUUUACAUAUCGAUUCGGUUAGUCGGGAUAGUGAUGCUGGUGAUUAUGUUUGCAUUGCAACAAAUGUGGCAAGUGGUGCCCGACAGGCCUCACCUCCAGCACGUCUAAGCAUCAUAUGGAUCCAAACUGCUACCGUACAACUGUUAAGCAAUCAUCCUAAUGAAGUUACACUCAAGUGUCAUGUAGAGGCGUCCUCAGGUGAUGGCCUACUAGAAAUCGAAUGGUUUCGCAAUAGCGAAAAACUUAGUUCAUUGAAAAAUAUUGAACUACAAGAUAAUCGUCUAAUCAUACACAAUCCCAGCUAUUUAGAUGCUGGACUUUAUCGUUGUAUAGCCGCUAAUGCUGCUGGACGCGUAAUUAGCCGCAAAGGUUAUAUACUCAAAUGGGCAACGGUAAAAUCGGAACAUUCCGAAACUUCACGGAAUUGUAUACCAAGACUUAAGAAAAACUAUAUCAUGCCGGAAAGUAUGAAAAAUAUGUUUCUUUGUCGCGGCAAACGAGGAGGAGAUGAUGAUAAACUACCACAAGCUGAAGUGAAAAUUACUCAAGGUCCGGCGAAAAAAGUUGUGGUUAAAGAGAAUGAUGCUGCCGAAUUAACUUGUGCCUAUAGUAAUUCCCAAACGCAAUCCUCCGAUGUUAUACUCAAAUGGCACAAAGAUGGUAAAUUUUUUAGGCAAAUUAAUGUGGCCGCUGAAGCAAAUGAUCAACGUUUAGUAGAAUCGAAUAAGGAUCCCAUGUUACGCGAAGAUGUACGUGUAUCGAUAGCCAAAGAGAAUGGCUCACUAAUAUUUACCAGUGUUAUUGCUAGUGAUGCUGGCCAAUAUGUGUGUCAAAUUGUUGUAGAAGGCUAUCGUCCCAUCACUUCUGAGCCGGGUGAAUUACAAGUCAUUGAACAAUUGAAAUUUAUGCCACAACCUACUUCGAAGAAUCUCGAAUUAGGUUCGGUGGGCAAAGUACAUUGUAAGGCACAGGGAACACCAGCACCACAAGUUAAAUGGCUUAAGGAUUUCAACGAAGACUUACCCGAUACUCUAGAAGACAUAAAUGGUACUUUAACCUUUAAAAACGUGUCAGCUGAACAUCGCGGUAACUAUACCUGCCUGGCAUCCAGUAGUCAAGGACAAAUUAAUGCCACCGUUAGUAUAAAUGUAGUGGUGGCACCACGUUUUCUAGUUGCUCCUGAAGGACCUAUUGAAAGUGCCGAAUCUGGUGUGGCUAUUAUGCAUUGUCAGGCGACGGGAGAUCCUAAACCCACCAUACAAUGGGAUAAAGAUUUGGAGUAUUUAAGUGAGAAUAAUACGGAUAGGGAAAGAUUUAGAUUCUUGGAGAAUGGUACCUUGGAAAUACGUAAUGUACAGAUGGAAGAUGAGGGUAGUUAUGGUUGUACUAUUGGCAAUAGUGCUGGUCUGAAGCGAGAGGAAGUGAGAUUUAUAGUGAAACCUGCCGAUGGCUUUCCUUUGGGUGAAGGAGAACAGGAGGGUUUUCUUAUUACACGCGCUGUUUUAAUAACCAUGUCGGUGGCCUUUGCUUAUAUCAUUCUGGUAGUGGGUCUGAUGAUUUGGUGUCGCUAUAGGCGACAAGCGCGCAAAGCUCGUCUUAAUGAAACCAAUCCUGAAGCUGGUGAAGGUGAUAAGUUAGCUGAGAAUGAACCCUGUUUAUCGGAAAACAAAAGUGCUAAAACGCGUAAAACAAAUGGCAACAAUAAUCCCAAAGGAAACACAGGUCACGAUGCCCAAAAAUCUGAUGAUACCGCCUGCAGUAAUCAUUCGAAAACAUCGAAAAAGUCUAAUGUCUAUGACCAAUUAAGUUUUCCACGAUCGGGCAUAAGUGAAUUGCUACAAGUGGGCCGCGGUGAAUUUGGUGAUGUAUUUGUGGGUAAAAUUAAAACCUCGCUCAUCAAACAGACCGAUGACAAAGACACCGAUACGGAGAAGAAUAGUAACAGUGAUAAUGGUAAUGGUUCGGCAGCAACCACUUCCACAACAGUGGAAAAAAGAAGAUCCAAAACUUCCAUGGAUGAUAUAGAGGAAAUUAAAGAAGAACAGGAAACCUGUAGCAGUGAGGGAGAUCCUCAGGGCAAUGCUAAUUCAGAUGAAUAUAAAUUAGUUAUGGUUAAGGCUUUGAAUAAGGUGAAGGAUGAGAAUGCCUGUCAAGAGUUUCGCCGACAAAUUGAAAUGUUUCGCACUUUAACGCACAAGGGAGUGGUGCGUUUAUAUGGUUUGUGUCGCGAAAAGGAUCCUCAUUAUAUGGUUUUAGAGUACACCGAUUGGGGAGAUCUCAAGCAAUUUUUAUUGGCCACUGCUGGCAAAGUUAAUACUUCAACAAAUUCCUCCUCACCACCACCACUACAGACCGGGCAGGUUUUGGCUGUAGCUUAUCAGAUAGCUAGAGGCAUGGAUGCUAUAUACAGAGCAAGGUUUAUACACAAAGACUUGGCCACUCGUAAUUGUAUUAUUUCCAGUGAUUUCAUCGUUAAGGUUUCAUAUCCCGCUCUCAGCAAAGACAAAUAUAAUCGUGAAUAUUUCAAACAUCGCAACACCCUACUGCCCAUUAGAUGGUUGGCACCCGAAUGCAUACAAGAGGAUGAAUAUACCACUAAAAGUGAUAUAUAUGCUUUCGGCGUUGUAGUAUGGGAACUCUUUACACAGGCCACUAAAUUACCUUUCGAAGAUUUAAGCAAUGAAGAAGUGAUACAACGAAGUCAGGCGGGUAAAUUAGAAUGGCAGUGUGCUGAGAAUACACCCGAUAGUCUGAAGGAAAUAUUGACCACUUGCUGGAAUGUUAAUCCCAAGGAAAGACCCUCAUUUAGUCAAUUGGGUUCGGCUUUAAGUAAAGCCAUACAAAGUCUGGAUAAAUAAAUAAAACAAAAAAUAAGAGUGAGAUUUUGUAUUUUAUUUCGAAUAAUUUGCAUUUAUU